AUGUUCUCACCAAAGACCUUGUUCUUCCGUUCAUUCGGCUCCAUUCAAGUAAGUUCAUUCUUUUUUGAUAUUCUCCAUGUUUAGAAGCGCUUGAACAGCACUUUAGUUAUUGCGGAACACGAUGAUCAAGCUCUCGGUGCGAUCACCUUGAACACAAUCACUGCUGCUCAAAAGAUUGGCCAUGAAAUCAGUGUGUUGGUGGCUGGGGCCAACUCCAAGAAGGUGGCGGAACAAGCGGCCAAGAUUCCCAAUGUAAAACGAGUGUUGGUGGCGGAGGAUGCGAAGCUGAAGGAUCUGUUACCGGAAAGAGUAUCUGAAGUUGUUCUUGAUGCCCAGAAGAAGCACAAUUUUACUCACAUUUUGGCCGGAGGAUCGUCGUUCGGCCGCGGGAUUGUGCCAAGAGUUGCGGCCAAGCUUGAUGUGAGCCCGAUCUCGGAUAUUAGUGAUGUACAUUCCGUCGACACCUUCUCCAGAGCUAUGUAUGCUGGUAAUGCUGUUGCAAAGGUGAGGAGCCUGGUUUUUUGUUAAAUUUUAGCUGAUUUUUAUUAAAUUUUAGUUGUUUUGGUCAUGAUGAAGAUACUUUUUGAUCAAAGAAUCAUUCUAACUUUUGUUUUCUAAAAAUACUUUCUCUAAAGCAUUUUAUCGAUAUUAACCAUGAUUUCCAGGUCAAAUCCAACGCCAAAUUCAAGCUAAUCACGGUGAGAGGAACCGCCUUCGAAGCCAGUGCCAAUGAUGGUGGAUCAGCGUCAACUGAAGCUGCUGAAGUCGGUAACAUCAACACUGAUAUAAGCGAGUUUGUGAGCCAAGAACUGUCCAAAUCCGAUCGCCCCGACCUUCAAACUGCCAAGAUUGUCAUCUCGGGAGGUCGAGGUCUGAAGUCGGGUGAAAACUUCAAUAUCCUCUACGAGCUGGCCGACAAACUUGGAGCUGCUGUCGGAGCUUCGAGAGCGGCCGUUGAUGCUGGCUACGUACCUAAUGAUAUGCAGGUUGGACAGACUGGAAAGAUCGUUGCUCCUGUAGGUUUUUUGGGGGAUUUGAGGGUUGGUUUAUAUUGUUUUAGAUUACAAAAGGCAUGGUUUAUUAAGAUCAAAGGGUUUUUUUUAGGUAAAAGUCUGAUGUUUCAUAUUGUUUUAGGUUAGAAAAGACAUAGUUUAUAUUGUUUUACACCUAAAAGAUGCAGUUCAUAACUAAAGUACCAAAAAUUUCAGGAGCUCUACAUUGCCGUCGGUAUUUCCGGCGCCAUCCAACAUUUGGCCGGCAUGAAAGACUCGAAAGUGAUUGUGGCCAUCAACAAGGACAAGGAGGCCCCCAUCUUCCAGGUCGCCGACUUUGGCCUCGAGGCUGAUCUGUUCAAGGCCGUACCCGAAAUGACGGCCGAGCUCGGCAAAUAA